AUUUUACACGAAUUGAACUGGCUGCUAUUUAUCAGAGGCAAUACAGUAUUGUUGCAAAGGUUUAUGGAUAGGAUUAGCAAACAUGUGGCUAAAUAUAAAAACAAUCUUAAUGAAAGCGAUUACCUGGACAAUUAUUUAAUGGCCAAGUAUUUACAGGGAGCUGUAUGGAGGCUAAUGAAUGAAUAUGACAAAGCAAGAAAAUGCAUGCAGGUCAUUGUUGAAAAUGACGGACGUAUUGGUCGCGAGUUCUCACUACCAGCUCAGGCGGCACUUGAAAUGGGUUUAAUUGAAUACGAGUUGAAAAACAACGACAAAGCCAUUGAAUUACUCAACAAAUGUAUUAAUGAGUACUCGGGUUAUCUCAACGAGAACUACGUCCACAUCCGGGCGUUUGCGGCGCUCCGGGAGUUAGGCGUCGGUAAUGAGAAAGAAGGCGAGGAUGAGACCAAACUGGGGGAAUAUAAGAAGCAAUGGCUAAAAGACAUCAAAAUUGAUCGUAAAAAAUAUGACCAACUCUUGGAAACUGAAGAGAAACAAGUGUAGUUUACCCUGAUAACUUAUGAAAUUUAAUUAUAA